AGGCGGAGGCGGUGCGACUGCUAUUCCGAUAGCGGAGGGCGCCGCUGAGGCCGGGAGCCGAGGCGCAGUCCAGCCUUGAGUGAGCCCAGCUUCUGCGGAUCAGGAGUUGGACCACAGCACCUUCCCUUCCUCCCAACCCUGCCUCCUCUGCAGAAUGAAGCUCAAUAGAACUUUGUUGUUUUGCCUUUUACUCUGAGGGGAGAGAAGCAGACGAUGAGGAGAAAAUCAUGAAUGUCAAAGGAAAAGUGAUUCUGUCAAUGCUGGUUGCCUCAACUGUAAUUGUUGUGUUUUGGGAAUAUAUCAACAGCCCAGAAGGCUCUUUCCUGUGGCUAUAUCACUCAAAAGGAGAAAAAUUGAGAUUUAGAGAGGGAAAAGAACUUGGUGACAACGGCAGUCAGAAGGACUGGUGGUUUCCAAGCUGGUUUAAGAAUGGGACCCACAAUGACCAAGGGGAAGAGGAAGACAUAGACAGAGACCAGAAACAACGAAAGGAGGACAAUGAAGAAGAACUUCAGCUAUCGGACUGGUUUAAUCCAUAGAAACGCCCAGAGGUCGUGACAGUGACCGAAUGGAAGGCCCCAGUUGUGUGGGAAGGCACUUUCAACAGAGCCAUCUUAGAAAAUUACUAUGGCAAACAGAAAAUCACCAUGGGUUUGACAGUUUUUGCUAUCUGGAGAUACACUGAGCAUUACUUGGAGGAGUUCUUAACAUCUGCUAAUAGGCACUCCAUGGUUGGCCACAAAGUCAUAUUCUGCAUCAUGGUGGACGAUGUCUCCAGGUUGCCUUUGGUAGAGCUGGGUCCUCUGCGUUCCUUCAAAGUGUUUGAGGUCCAGCCUGAGAAGAGGUGGCAGGAUAUCAGCAUGAUGCGCAUGAAGACCAUUGGGGAGCACAUCGUGACCCACAUCCAGCACGAGGUCGACUUCCUCUUCUGCAUGGACGUGGACCAGGUCUUCCAGGACACCUUUGGGGUGGAGACGCUGGGCCAGUCGGUGGCUCAGCUGCAGGCCUGGUGGUACAAGGCAGAUCCUGACACAUUCACCUACGAGAGGCGGAAGGAGUCCGCAGCAUACAUUCCAUUCGGCCAGGGGGAUUUUUACUACCAUGCAGCCAUUUUUGGAGGAACACCCAGUCAGGUCCUAAACAUCACCCAGGAGUGCUUCAAGGGAAUCCUUCAGGACAAGAAAAAUGACAUAGAAGCUGAGUGGCAUGAUGAAAGCCACCUAAACAAGUAUUUCCUUCUCAACAAACCCACUAAAAUCUUAUCCCCAGAAUAUUGCUGGGAUUAUCAUAUAGGCCUGCCUUCAGAUAUUAAGACGGUCAAGAUAUCUUGGCAGACAAAAGAAUAUAAUUUGGUGAGAAAUAAUAUCUGACUUUAAAUUGUGUCAGUAGGUUUUUGAA